AUGCCAUGCUUUUAUGUUUCUACAAAUGUGAAUCUGGAUGGAGUUGACAACAUGGAUGCUUUCUUCUCUGAAGCUACCACAGCUGUUGCUUCCAUCUUCGGCAAACCCGAAAACUAUGUGAUGGUCGUACUGAAAGGAUCAUUGGACAUAUCAUUUGGAGGGAACAAGGAACCAGCUGCAUUUGCUGAGAUUGUAUCCAUGGGUGGCAUUGACUCUGAUGUCAAGAGAAACCUUAUUGCUACCCUUGGCACCAUUUUGCACAACAGGUUUUCCAUUCCCAGAACCCGAUUCUUUCUCAAGGUUUACGAUACAACCAUGCCUCGCAAACAGUCAAAACUCUAAUUUUCUCAAACCCACUUGUAUUGAUCAUUCUCCUUGUGUUUUAAGAAGCAUGGUAUAGCAGUAUAUCUAUCCAUGAUAUAGUUCACGUUUCUUUCAGAU